UAACACGUCACCGGCCGCACCUUGGAACAAAGUCAUGUCGCUACAUCAUUUCCCGGGACGUGGCCUGGGGGACAACAUUUUAAUGAGAAAAGGCGAAGAAAGUGAUUCUGAAUUUUGUCACUGGCUUCGGGGACUGGCGUGUUUAUAUCACAUAGAUGCUGGACCUCACAGAUUCCUUCUGGACUCCUUUUAAAACAAAGCGGUCAUUUAAUCAGCACAGUUUGUAAUUAUGGCUGCAGCUGAUUGUGUCGUUGAGCAAAGAACUAUUUCAUCAACAAGUCAAACUUUUGCUGACUUCCUGUUUCACGGCAAAGUUCAAACUUGCUUAUAAGUAGUAUUAACGAUAGAGAGUUAGCCGAUUCCUGCCAGAGCUGUAUCUAACUGAAAAGAACUGAAGAGCUUUUCGUGGUUGUGUGUAAUAUAGAAAUCGUCUAUAACUCAUGGAGUCGGCAAAUUCAGAUCGUUUGAACCUGCUGUGGAUGAUGUGAUUGGUGAAACUUCAACGUUUUUAAGCGUGUUGAGGUACUUUAUUUGAAAUCAUCUGCCAACCUAGGAUUUAAACCUUGAUUCAAAUUUGAGGUAGGGUGUAGGGGAAUCUUGAAUACAAGAGGCCAACGCUCCCCUCCCGAAGACUUGCAAGAGGUGUGUCACAAUGUUCUCCCCCAGCGUCAGUCAUUCUGUUACUGGCGGUACUCAGUGCCAGAGACAUAACGGAGGCCAAACCAAUGGAAGAUGUGAAUGAUGCACUAAUGACAUUCGAGCUAACGAUGUGGGUCAGCAGCGUGCACAGGAAGUCGUGGUUGCAUUUAAUGUCGCCGGAGACCAGGACACUUUACAAUCUGGACUUAACACAGAUGAGCAAGGAGAACAACAGCAGCAAUUGCAAUCUGUACAAAACCAUCCACGAGCUGACGAAGAAGCGAACCAUGUAUCAGGGGCCUCAGUCGACAGCAACGCCGCGGGGCACCAUGGGGAAUUUCAAGCUGGCGACGUGGAGGAGCUGGUUCACGGUCACAGAAACGUUCACACUGAUGCAUCAGCAACUGAAGUAGAACAUUCAGCAGGAGCCCCCCAGAUUCUGGCGGGCGACGUGGAAGUGCUGAUGCACGGCGCUGCUGACGUUCACGAGGGCGUCGGCGCCUCCAGUUCCAGUCCUGGAUGCUGACGUUCCUAAGGGCGAGUUCCAGGCCGGCGACGCGGAGGAAAUUGUUCACGGGGCGCGGCAUGUGCAUGACGGGAAUUCGAACGCCGCCAGCGUUGCCGUACGGGCCUGCCGACGUGGAGGAAAUCGUUCACGGGUCCGCCGCACUGCAUAACGUGCACGACCCCGCCGCGCGGCACGAGGCGGCCCGAACCGUUGCCUCGGCGGUGGACAUGGAAGCGCUGAUGGGAAGCAGCGGUUCGGACAGCAGGCGGAAAGGCAGCGGCGGUGUGCCGAGCGUGAUGGACGGGGAGCACAUGCUGCAUGGUGCGGGAGGACAUGACCACGACCUGCGGCAGCUGCAGUUUAUCAAAAGCAGGGAUGAGCAGGAGGAGGAGAACAAGAAGAGCGGCUGGCCAAAGACCCCUUUGAGAACGUCCACUCGCUGCUUAUGCACGGAGACAGGCACGGUGACGAGGACGAUGAUGCAAAUGUCCGACGAGGGAAGGAGAUCACCUAUAAGGAUAUCAUGGACCUGGGCUGGACGAGUCCUUGUUGAAGGGGGUGGAUCUCAAGCAGCUGUUGCAAAAGAACGUGCGGGAGUACGACGACUGGCAGCGGGACAAGACCUCGUUCAAGGGGGAGGUGCCGGAAGGGUCGUGGUGGGAGCAGAUUCAAGACCUGCGGAGGAGGUACCUGUCGGGCUCCACCGACAACAAGCCUCAGGAUCUGACAGGAGCGCGCUUGGACCCCGAAAGCCAGAAAUGGGUCGCCGGCAAAGGGGUGGGCGACGAAGGAGACGCCGAACAGGACGAGGACGACAUCCUUCAUCGGUUGGAAAUAUUAGGCAGCACUGCACCUCUGAAGGACCGCCACAAGCAAGCAAAAGACAAGCUGAUUGAAAAUGGCAGAGACCUUACUGACCUGUGACACAUAAAUGACCGGACAUUUACGUUUCACUGUUUCUAAUGUACAUCUUUAACCGAGUCACCAGCGGCUUUGUUACAAAUGUCAGAUCUCAUCGCAGCACUUUCAAUAUGUCCAGACUCGUGUUCUGUAUGAUUACUCCUGUCUAUUUUGAACUUCAUCGUUACGUUACUUUCGAUUUUUUGUUUGUUUGUUUGUUACUAAUUGCUGACAGAUAGGAAAGGACCAGAGAGAAGAGAAAAACAAGGUUGAAAGACUUUUUAUACUGACCUGUUGUCAUAGCAAAAUGUAUGAUCAUGGAGAAAUGUUGAAUUCAGACCAUGUUUUAAAAUUCGUGUAUGCACACACACACACACACGGUUGUGCCUUUGCAGAUGUGAGUGCAAUGUAAGAGUCACGUAUAAUGAUUAAAUAUUUUGUUUAAAUAGUAA